UGUGUAGACGAAGUGUACACAGUGUGACAGUGGCAUGGGUGAAGAAACGAAGAAACACAAAGGACAACCACAACGUGUUGCAUCGUGACAAUGUCCUCAUUACCGCGUGUGGACCGUAAAACGCCGUGAAGGCGGAUCUUCCUGAAGGGAGAUGUGAACCGGGAGGGUUGCCUUUAAAUCCAGCGCGAUAGUGUCGGCAUUACAGGAAGUGCAACUAGGGGGGGGGGGGGGGGUCCUAUAUUCCAGCUGAUCUCUUAUGAUCUCCUGUCCAGACGGAAGUGAUAUCUGCUGUGCAGCUUCCCGGCUCUGUGCAGACCUCGGCUGUGAAGGGGACCACCUCUCAUCAGGGACACAUGCAUCAGGAAUACGUUGGAAGAAGUCAGUACGGGGACCGCAUCGGUACCCCCCCCUCCCUCAUCCAUCCCCUCGUCGACCUGUAAACCCCGUCCGGGUACGAUCGGCUUCGUGGGAACUGUCAUGAUCCCAGUUUCGGGAUGGCAUCCUUUCCGAGUUUGUCUAGCCAGGUCGUCAGGGCAACAACGGAGGAGGAGAACGGAGAGCUGGACCAGUCGCUCCAGCAGAUGCUGAAGGCGAUCGCCGACGAGCGCAACCGCCUCAACAUCAGACAAGAGAUAAGCGGACUCGGCUGCUUCAAGGACGACCGCAUCGUGUUCUGGACGUGGAUGUUCUCCACGUACUUCAUGGAGAACCGUGCACCCCGGCAGGACGACAUGCUGUUCUACGUGCGGCGGAAGCUCUCCCACGUCGGCGCGGACAACACCGAGGGCAAGAAGGUGGAGGUGGAGGUUUACAGGCGAGACUCCAAGAAGCUGCCGGGCCUCGGCGACCCCGACAUCGACUGGGAGGAGAGCGUGUACCUCAACCUGAUCCUGCAGAAGCUGGACUAUGUGGUGACCUGCGCUGUGUGCACGCGCUCCGACGCAGGGGACAUACACAUCCACAAGAAGAAAUGUCAGGAAGUGUUCGCCUCACCCAGCAAGCACGCCAUGGACAGCAAAGGGGAGGAGUCAAAGAUGAGCUACCCCAACAUCUUCUUCAUGAUUGACAACUUUGACGAGGUGUUCAGCGACAUGACGGUGGGCGAGGGGGAGAUGGUGUGUGUGGAGCUGGUGGCCAGCGACAAGAACAACACCUUCCAGGGAGUCAUCUUCCAGGGCUCCAUCCGCUACGAGGCCCUGAAGAAGGUCUAUGACAACAGGGUCAGCGUGGCGGCCAAGAUGGCGCAGCGCAUGUCGUUCGGCUUCUACAAGUACAACAACAUGGAGUUUGUCCGCAUGAAGGGGCCGCAGGGCAAAGGUCACGCCGAGAUGGCGGUCAGCCGGGUGCCCACGGGGGACACCUCGCCCUGCGGCACCGAGGAGGACCCCGACUCGCCCGUCCACGAGAGGGUGACGUCGUUCAGCACGCCACCCACCCCGGAGCGCAGCCGGCCGUCCUUCUUCUCGCCGUCGCUGCGACGCAAGGCGCCCCGCAACCGCAUCGCCGAGAUGAAGAAGUCCCACUCGGCCAAUGACAGCGAGGAGUUCUUCAGGGAGGACGACGACGAAGACGACCUCCACAACGCCACCAACCUGCGGUCGCGCUCGCUGUCGGGGACGGGCCGCUCGCUGGUGGGCUCCUGGCUGAAGCUGAACCGCUCCGAGGACUACUUCCUGCUGUACUCCCACCUGACCUACGUCACCCUGCCCAUCCACCGCAUCACCACAGACAUCUUGGAGGUGAGACAGAAGCCCAUCCUGAUGACAUAGCAGAGCCCCGCCCCGGGCCUGGCUACCAAGUGCCUACCUGCAUCAGGGCCGCCUCCUCCUCUCCAACAGCACCACCUAGUGGCACAGCACAGAGGACCCCCGACCACCCCGCUUCAACCGACUCAAACACUAACUAAAAACUGGAGAGGACUCGUUCAGAACCCCGAUAACACAAAACCAGCCUCCCAUGAAGUGCCUCUUCCUUCAAAACAGUCCAGCGUGGUCGAGGAACAACGGGGAGUUCGGCUUUUUAUUUCCGAUGCGGACGCGUCGGUUGGUCCUCAGUGCGUCGGAUCACUGCCGCCGCGAGAAGAGACACCGGGAACGGGAUCUGACCAGGAAGGAAUCGUUACAACUUUAAUGAAUGUCUCGUCUACUUUGUAAAUAUACUUCGCUGCUUAUUGAUUUAUCACCGAGCCUUUUUUUAAGAAAAGGUUCCCCCUGCUUUUCGGAUACUUUCCGCUCUUUUUCUUAAGGUUUGUUUCGUAUGUUGGUUUUGUAUUUGUCGUCGACCGCUUCGCCGUGUGAUAAAAAGGGAUUUUGUGUGUUUAAGGACUUUGUCUGUUUCUUCCAGAGCACUCCGUUUGUGUGUUAAAGGUAGAGUUAUGGUUCGUCGUCGACGCAACGCAAGAGGGUUCCAAAAAUUGGAACCUUGCGUCGAGCAGCAAGGGCAGUGAUUGGUCCGCUAACAUACACCCGACGCAGAACCAAAACAGCAUGGUCAUUGCGUUGUGUCAACGUCCAACCAUAACUCUACCUUGCAGUUCUAGCUCCGUUCACCACCAUAGCUCACUUUAGUAUUCCACAGGUGUUAUAUAUCUAUAAUAACACAUGUGUUCUUUGGGUAUUUUUGAAAAUGACUCGGAAAUUAGGUGCAGUUCAUGUCAAUAAUCCGUAUUUAUUUCCGUCAUGGUGAAAUAUGACAACCUUUCCUACCCAGCUUUGUAUUAUUUUUCAACUAAGCUUAAAAUGUUGUGAUAAAUAUUGUCCUCGCAUUGCUUAGCUUCACUUAGCCAAACAGGUAGAGCAGAACGUUUUUUGGAACGAUUGCAAUUUUUCUUUCAGUUAGACGACAAAUUAACCCAGUCACCAAACAUCCACAAACCUGGUAACCAUUUAACAUGGGGUAUGCCAUUACAGUUCCUCAUUGGCUGAAAUGCGGCUUCCAGGUGAAUUUCAGCCAAUAAGAUAUCUCCCAUUCUGUGAUUAUUCAUGAUAAUAAGAAUUACGACCUCAAGAUGGAUGUAGCAUGGCCAGAUGAUGGGUUCUGGAAGAGGUCCAGGUGUCGUUCUGUUUUAUACCACAGCUAAGUGCGUCCUGCUCGUAGCCGAGGUCAUUGUGUUCAGGGCAGGACUUGAAGGGAAUCCAACACACUUAGGUCCCUAAAGCCUUAAAAAUCUGCCAACUGUAUGUAAAAUGUAUUUUCUCUUUACCCUGAUCUAUAAAAAUGCUUCAUCGUAUAAUUUGCUGGUCUGUAACUUCUCCUGCUCCUCCUUCUAUAUGAAAAUGAAACACUUUCAGCGGCCAUUGCUGAAGAAAGUCCAGUCACUACUCGUGCUAUUAAAUGACAUAUUAUACCAACAGGUGUGGGUGAUUAGCGUUACAAGCGUUUCGAAAAUCUGCCUCUUCGGACAUCACAAGUGGGUUGGUCCACCCCUAGAUGCAUGACGGAUCGAUAAUCACAAUCACACCUGGUGGUGUAAUACGUCACCUUUUAAUCAUUAAUAGUCAAACAAACGUCUCACCACAGUGAAGGCUUUCAAACGGAGGGUGUGGGACCAGGUGUAAUACCCAAAGUUCAUCAAUUCGAUUUUCACGGUUCUGAUGUUCAAACAGUGGGAGUAAACCUCGACCAAUAUACUUUUCCGAGACAAGCCCCAAAGCAGUGUUCAGUGUCUCCAUUGUUUUCACUCACACAGUAUAAGUGUACACAGGGGGUAGGCCUACCUUUCCCAUGUUACGGUAGAGUUGGUCGGACGUUGACGCAAUGCAAUGGGGUUUACGGACCGCUUACGUCAUUUGGGACCCUCCUUGCGUUCACCGCAAGGCCCUGACGUUCGCCUCCCAAAAAUUGUAACCUUGCAACCUUGAAUCAUGUGAUUGGUCCGCUAACGUUAAACCGACGCAGAACCAAAACAGGUUCACGAAAGCGUCGGAAUGAAUGCGUAGUCAUUGCCUUGCGUCAACGAGCAACCACAACCCUACCUUUAGCAGCAGGUUGUUGGGAAGUGGAGGGAUUUUAGUUUUUUAUUCCUUCAGUGUUAUACGAUUGUGUAUCGUUUGUUACAAAAAGGAUGAAUGUACUCACUUUGGUUGUGUAUCAAAGACUGCGUUAACAGCCACCUGACGUGUAUAGAAGCAAGUUUAGUUUUGCACUGUAGAAAAAUAAAAUGCUUUUAGAAAAUCA